AUGCAUCUAAGCUGUGUGCAAUUGUGCGCGCUGUUGACGCUGACACUAGCGGCGGCCGCGCCCCCCCCGCACCACGUUGCGCGCCGCUCCUUCUUCAACCUGCAGUGCAAGGGCGUGUACGACGCCGCCAUUUUCGCGCGCCUCGACCGUAUCUGCGACGACUGCUACAACCUCUUCAGGGAGCCCCAGCUUUAUAACCUCUGCCGGUCGAAAUGUUUUACUUCGCCCUACUUCAAGGGUUGCAUGGAGUCUUUGUACCUCUACGACGAGGAGGAACAGCUAGAUCAAAUGAUCGACUUCAUCGGGAAACGCUAACGCACAGUCAACCCAACAUUACGCGCCAUUUCUUGACAGUUGACACAACGCCAUCUUGUCUAACCCAACCGAGUUAAUACUGAACGCUAAACGGAAAUAGUAUUCAAUCAAAUAAACAAAACGCUUCGCCGACAAAAUAAUAAAGCAGAAACCAACAUGUCAAGUUCCUCCAGAUUGACGUCUGCUUUCUAUCCUCAACAUAUUCUAGUCUUUAACGCGACAUAAAAAUUAUUUAUGUUUGCAACUAAAUGUAAUGUUAUCAUAAUUCGUAUUAGAUAAUGUGUAUACAGUUUAAGGACAUUUAUUUUGUGUUAGUGUUGUAAGCUUCGCGAGCUACGGGAGUGUAAAGUAUAUUAAAGAUUUGUUUUAUUGACUUCUAGAUCGCCUCCUAGGUAUAGAACCUUCAAAACGAUCAGAGGCAGAUGUCCUGGUUCCGAUGCUGGUCAUCUUAUUAUUUAUCUGUCUCCGAAAAGAAAAAUUUCCGACUGAGAUUGCCUAUUUAAUAUAUAAUGUGACGCAUUCCAAACACAGUAUUUAAUUAAUUACUUACGCUUUUUUUAUUCUAAAUUUUUCUACUAACAUUUAGGUUUUAUUUGUAUUAUUGUCGGUAUUAUGUAUAAUAGGAUCGCCUAAUGUAAGCCUGUGUAAUAUAAUGAUGUACAACUAUGUAAAUCACAAACGUGGCUUUUAAAUUUAUCUAUUCUAAUUAUUUCAUAGUAUAAAUAGGACGCAGUGUAUUUAACUCAUGUAACAUUUAGUUUUACAAAACCAUUACUAGGGCGGGACGGUGAAGCGACCCUCCUAACAUACGUCAUUCUUAUUGAGAUCCGAUCACAAAAUUUUCCUUUACAAAAGCAGUGCCAUCGACACAAACAGUAAGAAGUAAGAAUAGUAAUUACAUCUUCGCUUGACCGUCUCACGAGUUUUAACGAUGCAAUUCGACUAGUGUAUAAGUAUUUAUAAAGAUUUAUUAUUUUGUAUACUUCCAAACUAUUUAUUUGUUAUUAUUUACGAUUUAUUUAUUAUGACGGUAUUCCUUGCAACCAUAGAGAUUACCAGUGAUUUUGAUUUAUGAAAACGGUAAAACAAAAAUAAAAAAAUACAAUGUUUCCGAUUUUUUAUGUAUAAGUUGCGGUUUUUACUUAUUGACUGUUUUAUUAGUUCAACUGGAAACUCUUCUCUGUGUUAAGAAUCUCAACUUUUGUUUAAUUUCUUUUAGCGUUUCUUACCUCACGAGUAACGACACCGUAGACAAGAUUCUUUUUUUUUUCUAAACGAGCUUGUGGGGAAUUUUAGAAAAUAAAUAUAGCAUACUUAUUCUGUCCUAUAAUAUUUAGAGAAAUGGUGCCAAUUAUUGUCCCAAGAAAAAUAGUUGUAACGAAUUUAGCUAAUGUUUAAUGAGAAAUGUAAAACAAUUUAUAGGACCUAUGAAAUUUAUAUUAAAAAAAAAAAUUAUAUCGAAUUAGUAAAAAUAUUUACCUAUUUGUAUGAAUUUUAUAUAAAACAGCUAAGAAACGCUACGGGUUCCAUGAAAUAUAUUUCAUUUUAAAAAGUC